AUGUCGUUCUGGAGCUCGUACAAAAGCCUCUCCCCCAAGACGCGGGCCCUCUUCGGCGUCGGCGCCAUGGCAUGGGCGGCGAUUGGCCUGUGGGUGACGCCGCAGGUGGAGGGGGCGAUGGGCCUGACCCCGACGCCCGAGGAGCAGCAGGAGUUGGACCGGAAACUGUCGGUUCGGGUCUCGAGGGUCGAGAGAGAUUAA